ACUAGCCAAAGUCUUCAUUACUCACAACCCACAAGAGCAAACCUAAAAAAACAAAGAGUAAAUAUAAGUGAAAAAUAUACUCCUACGAGAUGGAGAGCUUCCCAAUUAUCAAUUUGGAAAAAUUAAAUGGUGAAGAAAGAGAAGCCACCAUGGCCAAAAUCCAUGAUGCUUGUGCCAAUUGGGGCUUUUUCGAGUUGGUGAAUCAUGGAAUCCCACAUGAUGUAAUGGACAAUGUUGAAAGGAUGAACAAAGAACAUUACAAGAAUAGAAUGGAACAAAGGUUUAAAGAGUUGGUAGCAAGUAAAGGCCUUGAAAAUGUUUCUACAGAAAUUAAGGAUAUGGAUUGGGAAUCUACUUUCUAUUUGCGCCAUCUUCCUGAUUCUAAUAUGUCUGAAAUUCCUGAUCUUGAUCAUCAAUACAGGAAUUUGAUGAAGGAUUUUGCUAAAAGGCUAGAAAAACUAGCCGAAGAGCUUUUAGAUUUGUUGUGUGAAAACUUAGGCCUAGAGAAAGGUUACCUUAAGAAGGUGUUUUAUGGAGGAAAAGCUCCAAACUAUGGAACCAAGGUGAGCAACUACCCACCAUGCCCUAAACCCGACUUGAUCAAAGGGCUACGAGCCCACACUGAUGCUGGUGGCAUCAUCCUGCUCUUCCAAGACGACAAAGUUAGCGGCCUUCAGCUCCUCAAAGGCGACCAAUGGAUCGAUGUUCCACCUAUGCGCCACUCGAUUGUUGUCAACCUUGGUGAUCAGCUUGAGGUGAUCACAAACGGAAGAUACAAGAGUGUGCUCCACCGUGUGGUGGCUCAAACCGAUGGGACACGAAUGUCGAUUGCUUCGUUUUAUAACCCGUCAAACGACGCGGUGAUCUUCCCUGCACCGUCCUUGGUGGAGAAAGAUGUAGAAGAACACAAGCAAAUUUACCCUAAAUUUGUUUUUGAUGAUUAUAUGAAGCUUUAUGCAGGCCUUAAAUUUGAACCUAAAGAGCCCAGAUUUGAAGCUAUAAAGAAUGUAGGAAAUGGACUCACCUUAGGUUCUGUUGCAGCUGCUUAUUAAGGCUGAUUUCAACAAUUUAGUGAUACACGAUUCGCUUUUUGAAUUUGCGAUUCGCUCAAAAUGAUUUAAUAAUAGCCCUAAAAUAGACAAUAAGUCGGUUUAUACAAUUUACAAUUCGCGAGAAGAUUAAUGAAUUAUGUGACACUGUAUCACAUAAGUAAAUUAAUUUGGUGAAAAGAUAUUGGAUUAAAAGAAGUUAAAUAGAAAUAUUUUUUGUUCUUAGUUAAAAUUGGAAAAAAAAUUUGUUGUAUUUAACAUGUAAUUUUGUGUUUAGUGUGGGUGUAAUAAAAUUUUGAUUGUAUUUUUUAAUAUUAUUACUCAUAAAUGAAAAUUGUUAGAUUUUCAAGCAUUAUUGUGAAUUAUGUGUUAUUUGUCC